AUGGCCGCGGCGGCCGGCUGCGCCGUCACCUUCAGGGACGCGAGGCGGCGGUCGGGGGCGGGCGACGCCGACGCCCGCUUCGAGGUGGCCAGGGACGGGGCGCUGCGGGACGCCAUGGCGGGCGCGUGCGGGGCGUGGGGGCGGCCUCAGGCCGACCUGCUGUUCACCCACCUGGGCAGGGAGGUGCUUCCAGACGACACUCCCGAGCGCAUCGGCAUGGCGCCGGGCGGUGGCGUCAUCGACGUCCGCCGCCGCGGGCGCGUGGACCCCGCGCCCAGGUGGGGCGAGGCGAGGGCGGCGGAGCUGGCGGUGGUGCACACCGGCAGCCUCGGCCUCGGCGCUGCCGCCGCCGCCGCCGCCCCGGCGGCGGUGGACCCCAGCGGCGGGCCUCUGGACCUCGAGUGGACCUGCCCCGCGUGCAGGUCGGCGCACCCGGCGGCCACCGCCGCCGUGCGGCGGGAGCCCAGGCUGCACUGCGUGCGGUGCGGCUGGGAGGGGCACCCCCGCCUCCGGGAGCUGCCGCGCGCGCGGCCGGGCGAGGGGGGCGGCGCGGCUGCGCUGGGCGGGCCCGCCGCCCCCCGCGGCCGCGGCGGCUCGGCCGGGGUCAAGAAGGUGGCCACCUCGGGCAGGGAGCUGCACGCCGACCACAUCGGCCAGCACGUGGAGGCCCCGGUGAGCGGCAUGAUAGCCAUGGUCAGCCAGGUGCAGCGCUCCCAGCAGUGCGCCGGGCUCAUCUGCUACUGCCUGUUCUGCCUCAACUUCCUCUCGAUCAUAUCGCUCAUCCGGCCCGUGGGCAGGAUCUACGAUGUCCAGAGCGCGAUAUAUCGUGACCUUGCUCUGGAGCCGGUCUCGCUCGCAAGUCGGCCCCUAGUGUUCCAGGACGUGGGGGAUUGGGGCGACGUGUGGGACUGGGUGGACAGAGUGCUGAUCGACAAGGUGUAUGGGGAGUCUCACUACGGAGAGCGUGUGAUGGGCGGCAUUGCUGUUCCAAUUGGCGCGGCCAGAGCUCCCUACUCUCGGUUCACAGUCGGCAGGUACAACCGCGUGGUCAAUGCGAUCAGGUUCCGCCAGGCACGGGUGGUGCCGACGCUGCCGCGAUGCGAACCCGACGCAGUCACUGGGGCGGAGCCCACGCAGUACCAGCAGGCCUGCACGCUGGACCAGCUGGACGUCUUUCGAUCUUGUAACACGCCGGUCGAGCACCACAGCCUCUCUAGGCCCUGCUGGGGCGCGUGGAACGGCGCCGACCAGGACAUGCAGUACCCCAGCGGCUUCCAGCUGGAGACCGCGCAGGCGGCGCGAGACGACGCGCACCCGGAGAGGGAUCUGCUGUGCCCGCAGAACUGUGAUGAGGUGCUGUUGCGCGGCACCUCUGACGUGCCCUCAGCGGCGGUGCUGGCGUGGGUCCUGACGUUCCAGGACGUCGAGGACCCCGACAGCGGCGCCGCGGCCUGCCGGGAGUCGUGCGAUGGCUCACGUACAUCUCUCCUGGGCAACCUCUCCGAUGUCCCAGGUUUCUGCGGCUCCACCUACAGCAAGCCGCUCUCGUUGCAGUCUGCAGGCUGCUGGGGAGACGUCGUCGACGUGCCCCUGGAGGCGGUGGAGGCCAGGAGGCUGAUUGCCGCCAUGAGGCGGGAACGGUGGACCAGCGAGGGUACUCGGAUGUUUGUAAUCGAUCUGAACACGUACAAUGCGAAUCUCAACAUCGCGACGGCGAUUCGCGUGACCGUCGAAGCCGAGCCUGGAGGUCGACUGGUGCCAGCCCUCACGAUGUGGUCUUGCCCCCUCAACCUGUACCGCGACAGCGUGGACUACAUCCGCAUGUUCCUGGAGGUUGUCUUCGCAUGCGCAGUGCUCAACUAUGCUCUCUUCGAGGUUCAGAAGGUGUGCAAGCUGAGGGAACGAUACUUCUACGACCCCUGGAAUUAUGUCGAGCUGUCUAACAUUUUGAUAUAUGCCUUGCUGCUUGCCAUGUAUCUUAACUACGUUCUUGUGGAUCACAAGAAGCUCCACAAGUUCGGAAGCCGAUCACCCACAGAGUAUUUUGACUUGUACACGGUCGCCGUCGGCUUCAACAAUAUCUAUUUGGCGUCUUUCAAUUUCAUCUACGGAGUUGUUCGCUUCUUGAAGCACCUGCGUUUCCACACGCAAUUCGAGCAGCUCUGGGAGACAAUGCGAAGGUCGAUGAACGGUGUGACCCCCACCUUCGCCAUCUUUGUCACGUUCCUGCUCGGAUUCGCAUGUGCGGGUCACUGGCUCUUUGGUUCAAGGUCUCCUGGCUUUCGCUCGUUGCCUCAGUCCGUGAUGACCCUGGUGCUGUCGAUUCAUGGAGGCAUCGAUUUCGGAGAGAUCAGCAGCGUGGCCCCACUAGCGGCGCCACUGUUCAUCUUCAGCUGGUUUGUCACCUCCUGGGGAGUUCUCCUCAGCACGGUGAUCGCCACCGUCGUCGGCUCCUUCCCGCUGGCAAAGGUGCGGUUCCACAGGAUGGAGGACGUGCGGAGGCAGGGCGUCGAGCUGGGCACUCGCCUGCCCUCCCCGCUCUACAACAUGCUCUACUGGGUGCUCCCGAGGACCCUCUGGCGCCUCAGUGGCCUCGCGGAUCGGCAGGCCGCCUCGCGCGAGGCCUCGCGGGAGCUGGAGGAGCUGCUGGUGGGCGUGGACCUCCAGCUGCUCUGGCAGCGCCUGCUCGAGGCCGCCGAGGGCGACGUGGCGGCGGUGGACGCGGAGGAGCUCUGCCACCUCUUCGGCGGCUCCCAGAAGGAGGCCCGCAUGUUCAUCAGCCGAGCCUGCGCCGCCGGCGGGCUGCCGCGGGUGGCGCCGCCCCGGGCCGUGACCACCGAGGCCCGCAUCGCCCGCGUGGGCGACGCCGCCGCGCGCCUGCAGGAGCAGCUCGGCGCCUGUAGGGCGGAGCUGCUGUCGGAGUUCCCAGAGCUGGGCCCCCACCUCAGCCCGCCGCCGCGGCAGGAGGACCCAGAGAGCGCCCCGGCGCGGGCCCAGGCCCUCGAGGCGCGGGAGGAGCUCCGCGGGCGCAGGCUGUGGAAGUCGUCCGUGGCGCCGCCGCAGAGGGGGGAGCUGAGCGCCGCCGCGUUCUCGCUGCAGAGGGACCGCCUCAGGGUACGGGAGCACGGCAUCGGCGCGCAGGUGAUCGAGCCCCCGGUGAUGGGCAGAGGGGCCCUCGGCACCUACCUGAAGGCCGCCGCUUCCAACCGCCACAGGCCGAUCGCGGAGGCCCCCGACGCGGAGGCAGGCUGA